AUGAGAAAGAAUUAUGAUACAACGGAUCUCGCAGCAGAAUCUUCAGAAAUCAUACCCGAAGCUAUAGCACCUCCUCAUUAUUAUAAACAAAGAGAAAAAGAUUUGACUCCCGCUGCAGACGAUGCAGAUCAUUCAAUAGAAGUGGUCGGUGAUUCACAAAACUUCUUUCCAACUUUUACAAACCUUUUUGAAGAACGCCCUCAGAACAAUUAUAGGAUUGGUUUCGGAAGCCAAGAGGGAGCUUACAGUCAAAGGCCUAACUCCUUUAGGUCCCUAUUGAAUUAUCCUUUAUUUGGAAGCUUUAACAGAAACAGUGAAUCUUUCGGAAAACAAUCUGCAGUAUCAGCAGCUCCACUGAUCGAUACAAGCUCCACUGUGUUAGGCUCUGGUAACUUUGGAAUUAUAAGAGGGGGUACAUUUUUGGCCCAAAAUGAUGAAGACCACGAUUUUGGUGACAGCUUUAGUUCUUACUACAACAAUGGCCAUGGCAGACCAUCCAUAGGAGUAGGGUAUAUAGCCAACCCAAAACCCAAUUAUAACCAGGACCAAUUUGCUAACUUUAGAGAUUUCGCUGACAUUAAUGCUCCUUCUAAUUCUGCAUAUUCUCACUAUGUCGUUGUUUACGCCAAUAAAAAUGGAACAAUGGAUGAAAUUAGUGAAGAAACAAGAACAGUUAUGUCUGAGCCUAGAAAUAUAAUCGAAACUUUAGAACGACUCGAUGAUGAUGUACAUGUCCCCGUAAAAAUUUCCAAGAGUAAAGCCAAACUGGCAGCAACAAAACAGAAAAUGGUCAGCAAAAAGGACCAGUGGAAAAAAACGAAUUCGAAAUACCUCAGCCAAAAGCACGAUCCAGAAGAACCGUUAUUAGCAUUAAGUUAA